AUGGCGCGGGCCCGCGGCCACGAUGUUGUUUACACUCCACCGCAUCACUCGGAUCUUCAACCUAUUGAAUUAGUUUGGUCAAAGGUGAAGGGUGAUGUGGGUGAACAGUAUACCGUUGACACGUCGUUUGAUGAUGUGCGCACGCGUCUCGCCGACACAUUUGACGCCCUGCCUCAGGCUGUGAUCUGGAACUGCGUUGAACACUGCGACAGCUUGCUACGAGAGAUGUAUCAGUUACUCCUCUCGAAUGAAGAUGACGAUGACCCCCCUGCCGAUGGAUCUUCAUCCGACGAGGCGUCAGAGGGCAGUUGUUCGAGUGAUUCAGAGUCGUGA